UACUCUUUGGUUGCUACUUGUUUGGUGUUGUUCGUUGUGUUCGGUCGCGUCCUGUAAUGUUAUGUUGUCUAAAAUCUAAAAAAGAAAAUUUAAAUCGCUACUACUUGACUACUUGUUGGUACUUUAUUAGUGUGAAUUCUGAAUAUUGACAGAAAGAUGUACCUUUUUUAUUAAGUUCGCAGUUAGAACGCAUUUGUUUAGCAACCAUGUGAAAAGAUCCAGCAGUCGCAGUUGAUCAGGAAGACAGCUUUCUACGGAUUCUCACUUUCCGAAUUUCUACCACGAUUCUUCUUAAAUGAAGUACCUAUGUUUAAAAUGGGUAAAACAAGCAAAGUGGUUAUAUGUGGAAUGAAAGGCGUGGGAAAGACGGCCGUUUUGGAGCAAUUGAUAUAUGGGAAUGUGAAUCAGAAGUCAUGUUUUUACCCUACUAUUGAAGACAUCUACGUGGCAAACAUCGAGACCGACAGAGGAACGAAGGAGCGCGUUUGUUUUUACGACACGGCGGGCUUGGAGCCCCCGCUAUCAGGCGAGUUGAAAGGUUACAAAGAAAGGCUUCUUUAUUCAACUUACAUAAAUAGCCUAUAUACGUCCCACUGCUGGGCACAGGCCUCCCCUCAAUCAACCGGAGGGGGUGUGGAGCAUACUCCACCACGCUGCUCCGCUGCAGCAGGACCACCACAGUCUCCAACAAUGCAACUGACUGCAAAUCAGGUGCUCCAGAGACACUACAUAGGAUUUGCUGAAGGUUUUGUGAUGGUAUAUGAUACUACACGGCCGGAGUCUCUCGAUGUUCUCAUGUAUUUGAAGAAGGACAUAGACAGAAAUAAGGAUAAGAAAGAGGUGGUGAUGAUGGUGUUAGGCAACCGCACCGGUCCGGAUGAUCUCAAUAGCCUGGAAAACACGUGCUCGAAGGCAGCUAAUUGGUGCGCGCGAGAGAAGGUGCGCCAUUUUGAAGUAACCGCCAUGGACCGCGCCUCGCUCUAUGAGCCAUUCAUCUUCAUGACUUCGAAACUCAACCCAGUGCAGAAUAAGACUGCCUUCCCUCAGCUAAGUACCCUCAGCAAGCUUACUCAGAAGAACAAUAGGAGUGACGCCAUGUAACGGUGCGUUUUCAAUCUAUGCCCUUUCUGCUACCAGCCGUGAUUGGCCGAUUUCAAUAGUGCGAACGGAAGCGAUGCUGCGUUUAGUAUUUUGAAUUCAAACCACCUAUUAUAGGUUUUUAAUAUUCCAAAUUUAAAAUAGUUGAACAAAAUGUCGGAGGUUAUUUUGUUUCUUUUUGAUGAGAAGUGUAUGUAUGUAUUACAAUAAUGGGCUUAUCUCUCUAAAAGACAUCUAUCCCAGCAAACCUAACGUAGCUAUCAGCGACAGUAUCCAUAGUGUUGCAAGUCCAUUCCAUUAUGAAAUCUGAUAAAAUCGGAAGUAACGCAAUCUAAGUCAUAUUUUUGUAGUAACAAUCAUCGGUUUCCGUUGGCACGACUAUGAAACGGCCAGUUUUAAUAAUUUUUAUUAUUUAUUAUGGGCCCAACACAUCCAUGGGUGUAGGUAUAAAAUGUAUGGCGAAGUCGUGGCCCCGCCCACCGAUGAACUAUUCACUGUCCGAUCCCGACAUAUCGGACCUGGGGUCUGUUUAAUAAAACUUACAAUUGUAAAUUACAAUGACAAUUUGAUGUACAUUGCGGAGUGUGUGAUCACGAAUAUUUUAAGUUUUAUUAAACAGGCCCCCUGAUGGUGAAUGUAAUAAGCCCUUUAACACGUUCACUGUGUAUGAACCGCAUAUGAGGCAAUACAUUUGAAACUCGAUAUGUGCAUAUUCCAUAUGUGGGACACAUUUUUUUCUUGCCAUAGUGUGGCUAUGUACAUAAAUUCCAUUGUGUUUAUCGAAAAAUAACAUUGCACGUGAGGUGUUGAUAUCUAAUUUUCAGUUACACAGUGAACGUGUUAAGCGACAAGGUGUGGCGGCCAGGCAGUUAAAAAUACAUAGUAAGCGGUUAUUAGACUACCGAAUCCCUCUAGACCGAUGCGUCAAGGUUACAAACCAGCACAUCGAGAUCGGGAUACCUAUUAACCGCGUCAUUAGUUAUUAUUUCUAGAUAAAAAAUGCGCUUUAACACGUACUUAUCAUACUAGUUAUUUAUGUAAGAUAUCUGAAAUCUCAUUAGUUUUAUUUUAAAGCCAGGCCAACGGCUUAGCGUGCCUUUCUAAUCAAGGUACCAGUCCUAACCAAACUAGGGGCAGUCACAUAAAGUAAUAAUUGACUGUGCCCUCUCUGGGAAUCGAACCGAGGGCUUGAAGAUUGAGAGAGCUCUGAUUAUUAGACCACGAAAUUCAUCAAAUAAAUGUAGUACCUAUAAAUUCAUUGAAUAUUCAUCUCAUCAAAUGAAAUGGUUUGGGCAUAGAUUAAACAAAUUGAAUCUAUUGUAUGCAUAUUUAAUAUUGUUGGUAAUCUCUACCACUAGUGUUUUAUUAUAUUAAUUUAUUAUAAAUGUACUUAAUAUGCUUGCUAGUUAACAAAAUUUUAUACCUAUUUGUAUAUUAAGGUCGAUCAAUAAAUCAAUACACAGACGUGAUACCGGAAGCGUUUCGGCCGGAUUCUUUAAGUAUUUUCGAAAUUUAAACUGUCUAAAAUGUAAGGUAUUUUAUCGUUCCCAAAGUUGUCUGAGCUACGACUCAUCUAUUACAUUUAAGAACUCGGGACCCACCUCUAGGAAAAUUAAAUCUUCAAAUAAUACGGUCGCACGGUUAUCGGCCUUGACAGGGCCCAUUCGAUAUUCCCUCGCGGCCCACCAGUGGCUCACGACCUGUAGUUUGAGAAACCCUGCCCUACACCAAAUUCGGUUUAGGUAUUAAGUUAGGAAGCUCUAAAAAUUACCAAUUUCCGCCCCUGAACGCUCCCAGUAUCGUCUCAGUGUGUGAAGACUAAUUUAUUAUAUUUCGAAUAGGAAGUUAUAAAAUCUAGAAAGAAAUAAUAUUUAUAUGUAAGUAGCAAAUCAACAAAAUAUAUGAAUAAGAAUAAAAUAAUUUUAUUGCCAGUAACAAUUUACAUUUGCUAUAAGAACUAGGUAAUUAUGAAUAUUACUAAUACGGGCAAAAGGAAAUGGCUCAGCUUGUGCUGCGAUGGAGCCAUGCUAUGGCGUCAUCCAGCGCUGGUUUUCAGUCAUUUCCUCUUCCUGGGAUAUUGUGCGGAAGUAAUUGUCAACGAGGGCUAGAGGACAUUAAAUAGAAAUAUAUGAAUAGUGAUAGCCUUUAUCACAAUCAGUAUUAAAUCACCCCAGCCAAUCAGCCUGGAGUGUUGAUCAUUCAAAUAAAAAUUGCCCUUAUUAUCUAUUAGUAUUAAAAUUUUCAUAAGUCCCUCAAUCAGCGGGUUAAACUAUCAUUCUCCCGUCAGUCUGAGUAGACUGAUGAAAUCCAAUAUUUGUAGCCUGGCCCAUGACCGCUGGCGAAAGGUUGUGGUCAGAUGGUAUUUUUACCGACUUCAAAAAAGGAGGAGGUUCUCAAUUCGACCGUAUAUUUUUUUUUUUUUUUAUGUUUGUUCGGGCAUAUCUUCGUCGUAUAUGAACCGAUUUUGAUAAUUCUUUUUUUGUUUGAAAGGAGAUAUACCCAAGGGGGUCCCAUGUCAAGGAAGUCAGGAUCUGAUGAUGGAAGACCAGAGAAAUCGAGGGGAAUUUUCAAAAAUCGUAGGAGCGACUAGUGCGUUUGUAAAGCCAUAUUGAUCGGAUCGAUCUUUAGGCUUCGGGAAAACUUCCCGGCCUUCGAAAACUGGUCAGCAUCAGGGAGAUACCCUAUGGCCUGGCAAAACUAUACAACCUGGAGCAAUUUUUCUUUCACGAAACGUAUUUAAAUCUUGAUCAAAUCCAAUCGCCGGUGCAAAAAAACAAAAUGGCGGAAAAAAAAGAUGGCCGCCAUACAAAAUUUUGUCGAUUUUGGAAGAAGCCCGUUUGGGUAAAAAUAAUGUAUGGGGCGCUUACUCAAAACGUCAUGUAGAGUACGGAAAUACUUUCUGAUCACCAAAAACUGCUCCGCAUCAGAGAGAUACUCUACGGCCUGGCAAAACUAUCGCACGUGAACCAAUAUUUCUUUGAGAGCACUUAUUUAAAUCUUGGUCAAAUUCCAUAGCGCGUAAAAAAAAACAAAAUGGCGGAAAAACAAGAUGGCCGCCAUACACAAUUUUGUUUUUUCAGAAAAUGUCUCGGGAUAUAAAAUAUAUAUCGGGGUUGUGGUCGGAUCGUCAUGUUAAGUAUGGAAAUACUUCCCGAUUUUCGAAAACUGCUCCGCAUCAGGGUGACACCCUACGGCCUGGCGAAACUAUCACACCUGAACCAAUUUUUCUUUCACGAAACCUAUUUAAAUAUUGGUCGAAUUUAAUGGCCGGUGAAAAAAAUACAAAAUGGCGAAAAAACAAGAUGGCCGCCAUACAAAAUUUUGUUUUUCCAGAAAAUGUCUUGGGGGUAAAAAUUAUGUAUAGGCGUGUGAUCGGAACGUCAUCUUUGAAAACUGCUCCCAAUCAGGGAGACAUCCUACGGCCUGGCAAACCUAUUGCACCUGGAUUUUGUUUGUUUCCACGACACCCAUUUAAAUCUUGGUCAAAUUCUGUCGCCGGUGAAAAAGAACAAAGUGGCGGAAAAACAAGAUGGCCGCCAUACGAAGAGGGACAGUUUCGAAUAAACAGGACACGCGAGCUGCUUUAGCAGCGAGCGAACCACGCGAAAUCUACUGUAUCUAUAUGUAUGCGUGAGUGUGUAUGAUAGCAGCUUCCACUGACAACCACAUGUGUGUAUGUACACAUACACAUGUGUGUGUGCGCGCGUGUGUGUGUGUGUGUGUGUGUGUGUGUGUGUGUGUGUGCGUGUGUCUGUGUGUGUGCGUGUGUACGUGCGCGUGUGCUCGUGUGCGUUAGCGCGUGUGUGAGUGUGUGUGUGUAAACAUGUUCAUCAAUAAUAAUUGUGAUCACUACUAAUAAUAUAUUAUAUUAUUAUAUAUGAAUAUAAAUCAGAAAAUCUGUCUGUCUGCAUCCUUGCUCGGUCUAACCAUCACUUAAAAUCGUAAAAUAAAAUAAAAUUUUUAACAAAAAAAAACCGACUUCAAACGCAAAACUAAAAAGCAAUAAAUAAAUUUACUUCGCACAAAGUAAUUAGUACGUAUUUUCAAUUAGUUAAUUAUUUUAUAAUUCUGAAGUCGGUGCCAAGUAAAUGCUACAACAACCCUACUACAAUAUCAAAUUACUAUGUACACACAAUAUUGUUUAAUACCUAUAUCAAAGCAAUUACAAAACAAUGUCAAACAAAAAAUUACAAAACAAUCAGUAUUGAAAAAUAUAUGAAUCGGUACUUCGUUGUAGCAUUUCCUUGGCACCGGCUUCAGAAUUAUAAAAUAAUUAACUAAUUGAAAAUACGUACUAAUUACUUUGUGCGAAGUAAAUUUAUUUAUUGCUUUUUAGUUUUGCGUUUGAAGUCGGUUUUUUUUUGUUAAAAAUUUUAUUUUGCGUUUUGUGUUAGUAGAUUUAGAGUUUAGUGCAAUAUUAUAUGACAACUAGUGUAAUAAAUUUUGUAGGUAAAUUCAAGGUUAAAAACCUUAUCUUUAUUGAAAUAAGAGUUCAAAACACUUGUCUUUUUGUGCUGUAAUAGCUUAAUUUUGUUUUUUUAAUAAAUUUAUGUAUCUAUAGGUAAAAAAUAGUCAUCAUUCAUACUUAGUAAACUAUUUUGCACCGACCAAUAUGUGAUUAAUGUUAGAUAAGAAAAAAAGCAAGUCCGUUAUUUUAAUUUUUUUCGGAGUGCUUGUAUGAUCUAACAAAAAAAAUUGUGUGAGGAUAGUUACCAGCACUUUCGCAAUGACAAGCUCUCUCCUCGCCAGUCAUCCCGUGACCACGGUCGUGUCAACGCGGCUCAAACGUUGCAACGUUUAAAAAAAAACAACGUUUAAAAUAAAUAAAUAAUUAAUUAGUUAAAAUAAAUAAAUAAAAUAAUUAGUAAUUAUUUUUACCUUAUUUAUCAUUUACAAUCGACCCGUUUAAAAUAGUUUACUGGGUAAAAAUUGUGAUUCCCAUUGCAAAUCUACAUUUCCACCGUGGAUAUUAUGGUGCCAUGUCAGCCCAGUAGGUAUGUAUUUUGCCGCCCAGACAGCAUUCUCACCGUAAAUCACGCCGGUCAUCUUCUUGGUCUCUACUUGGUCUGUGCCGUAAACAUAUUAUUUUAUACCAGCUAGUAAUGUUUUUUUUUGUCUUUUUACACCGCACAGGUAGGGCAAGUGUUUUAAACUCACCGCAUUACAAUAUAGCUUUAAUGUAAAGGACCAUGCGUCAAUUUGGAUCAUAAAUCUUCGAAAAGACUUGUGAUCGAACUACCCACGGUCCUUUAAUAUGUACCUAUACUUGAGAAUAAUUUAUUUUCUGUAAUUGACUGAUUAAAAUAAUUCACCGUUCUAAACGGUCAACAUAAAUAUUGUUUGUUUCAGUAA